CUGAGGAGAUGGAAGGCUGAGCAGGAAGACUGAGGAGAAAGGCUGAGGAAAAAGGCUGAGGAAGAAGGCUGAGGAGGAAGACUGGCGUCGUCGAGGAAGGAGGAAGGCUGAGGAGAAAGGCUGAGGAGGAAGACUGGCGUCGUCGAGGAAGGAGGAAGGCUGAGGAGGAAGACUGGCGUCGUCGAGGACCCCCGCUCCUCACCAGUCAUGGGGGUCACUUGAACUCUGGGGUCUUGGCCCCCCACCCAACAGUGUGUCCCAGAUGCCUGUGGCCGAGGGCAAGAGCGUCCAGCAGACGGUGGAAAGCCUGACUAGGAAGCUGGAGCUGCUGGGGGCCGAGAAGCAGGGGACGUUUUGCGUGGACUGUGAGACCUACCACACGGCAGCAUCCACCAUGGGCAGCCAAGGCCAAACGGGGAAGCUGAUGUAUGUGAUGCACAAUUCUGAGUUCCCACUGAGCUGCUUUGCUCUCUUUGAAAGCGGCCCCUGCCUCAUUGCCGAUGCCAAUUUCGACGUCCUCAUGGUGAAGCUCAGGGGCUUCUUCCAGAACGCCAAGGCCAGCAAAAUUGAAACCCGUGGGACCCGCUAUCAGCUCUGUGACUUCCUGGUGAAGGUGGGCACAGUCGCCAUGGGGCCCAGCGCACGUGGCAUCUCAGUGGAGGUGGAGUACGGCCCGUGCGUGGUGGCCAGCGACUGCUGGAACCUGCUGCACGAGUUCCUGCAGAGUUUCCUGGGCAGCCACACCCCGGGGGUGCCCACGGUGUUUACCAAUAGGCACGACGCCAUCUACGGCCCCGCCGACACCAUGGUCCAGUACAUGGAACUUUUCAACAAAAUCCGCAAGCAGCAGCAGGCACCCGUGGCUGGGAUCCGAUAGCGAGCGGCGGCCCCCGAGGGACCGGGCCUCCCGCUGAAAUCGAGGAAGAGGAGGACAGCUGGAGAGGAAGAAGCCCUUCAUCUCCCGCGGGAGCAGCCAGAGGCAGGGCUCUAGUCUCUGCCACCUCCUCUGAACCAGAACUCUGACUUCGGUUGGGUGCGUUGCCCCCCACCCCGCUCCUUGCUGUCUCCCCCACUCCCCUCCCAAGCCCACAGCCACUCCAUGAUCAGCCCCCUUUUUUUUUUGGCCAUUCUUGGGGUAGGGCCCCGGCGAGGAUGUGGUGACAGAGACACCUGGGCCACUGCCAUAAGGCAAAGAAGGGAGUCCGGUGGCCAGAGAGGGACAUCAUUCGCUGCGCCUCUUCAAACUUUGAGUCGGUGGCUCGUGUUACUGAUUAUGUAACAAUAAAAGCCUUUUUGUUUUCUGUAA